UUUCUGGAGUAGCAGAAUGACAGGACACGCUUGAACAAAGCUGCAAAGAGAAGGAACUGUACUGUGGAGAAGCCUCUGCGGGCAUCUACACGUUUCUAAUGGAAACAUCUAGAAACUUCUUUCUACAAAAGGACCUUGCCGAGCCUUUCCUGAAUCUGCAGCGGUCUGUAGUUUUUUGAAACACACCAAACAACUAUACUUGGGGAGGAGACUCUCAUCAUGGAAACUUUGUCCUUCCCCAGAUACAGUGCAGCUGAGAUUGUGGUUCAUAUUCGCAAUAAAUUACUAACAGGAACUGAUGGCAAGAACUUCUCCAAGAAUGAUCUUCAUCCGAUCCCUAAGCCCGAAGUCUUGUACACGAUCUACAUGAGAGCCUUGCAAAUAGUGUAUGGGAUGCGGUUGGAGGCCUUCUAUAUGAUCCCGGUGAACAUAGAAGUCAUGUAUCCACAUUUAAUGGAGAACUUUUUACCAGUCAUCAAUUUAUUAUUUCAUCUGGACUCCUUUAUGCCCAUCUGCCGAGUGAACGACUUUGAGAUCACUGAUAUUCUGUGUCCAAAAGCAAAACGGACAGUUCGGUUUUUAAGUGGCAUUAUCAACUUUAUCCACUUCAGAGAAGCAUGCCGGGAGACGUAUUCAGAAUUUCUUUUGCAAAAUAAAUCCUCUAUGGACAAAAUGCAGCAGUUGAACAGUGUGAACCAGGAAGCCAUGAUGAAGCUGGAGAAACUCAAUUCGGUUCCAGUUGAAGAGCAAGAAGAGUUCAAGCAGUAUAUGGAUGACAUUCAGGAGCUGCAGUACUUGCUGAACCAGGAGUUUAGGCAGAAAACGACAGUGCUGCAGGAGGGGCAUGCCCAAAAGAAAUCAGAUAUUUCAGAGAAAACCAAGCGUUUGAAUGAACUAAAGUUGUCAAUGGUUUCUUUGAAAGAAGCCCAAGACAGCUUGAAGAGUAAAAUUGCGGACUCCCCCAAGAAGGUGGAGAACUGUAAAGAGAAGAUGAAAGACACUGUCCAGAAGCUCCGGACCUCCCGGCAAGAAGUGAUGGAGAAGACUGAAGUCUAUAGAGAUUCUGUGGAUUGCUUGCCUUCCUGUCAGCUGGAGGUGCAGUUAUAUCAAAAGAAAAUACAGGACCUUGCAGAUAAUAAGGAAAAGCUAAGCAGUACCUUAAAGGAGAGCCUAAACUUGGAGGACCAGAUUGAAAGUGAUUCAUCAGAACUAAAGAAGCUGAAGACCGAAGAAAAUUCCCUCAAAAGGCUGAUAAUUGUAAAGAAGGAGAAGCUGGCCACCACGCGCUUCCGAAUCAACAAGAAGCAGGAGGACAUGAAGCAGUACAAGCAGACAGUGAUUGAAGACUGCAAUAAAGUUCAAGAUAAAAGAGGUGCUGUCUGUGAGCAAGUAACCACCAUUACUCUGGAAAUCCAGAAGAUUAAAUCUGGCGUUCAGCAGCUAAAAGAUAGUGCGAAAAGGGAGAAACUGAAGUCUCAGGAAAUCUUUGUAAACUUGAAAAGUGCUCUGGAGAAGUACCACGAGGGCAUUGAGGCGACCACAGAGGAGUAUUGCUCUAGAAUAGAAGAGAAGACGGCCGAGCUGAAGAAGAGGAUGUUCAGAGUGCAGCCCUCUUCAGCACAGGCAGUCCCUCCAUAAAUGGCUGGCUGCCUUUUCGUCUCUGUUUACAUAGUUAUUGUGAUGCUAAUAGAAGUGCCAGCUGUGUCAGCUAACUAACAUGGGUACCACUGCUUCCCGUUUGUCACUGGUGUUUUUUUUGUGUGUGAUGCUGUGCUUCUUGUGUCUUUUUCUUGGUGCUGGGGAGAGAACUCUGGACUUUGCCAGCUACAGGGAACUGCUUCUCCAGGCUCCAACGUACCAUGUAUUAUAGGCUUUUAUUACAAUUAAAGUAACUUGUACAGCUUUUGU